CUUGCAAUCUCUGAAAGAAAAUGGGAAUUCCUUUGCCUGCAAUGAUGCUUCAUGCAACGGAAACUAUCCGACGAUGGUCAGUUUCGAAGCACCAAUGUUCCUACCAAACAUCGAGUGCAGUAAAUGUUGUCCAGAAAGGCCAUUUCGCUGUUUAUGUCGGAGAUGAAGAGAAGAACAGGAGAUUCGUGGUCCCGAUAUCUUACUUGAAGCACCCUUUGUUCCAGGCCUUGUUGAAUCAAGCCGAAGAAGAGUUCGGAUUCGAUCAUCAUACAGUGGGUCGUCUCCUGGUUCCUUGUGCUGAAGAUGAAUUCAUCAAGCUCACGUCUCGAAUAAACCAUGCUUGA